CUUCCAUGACAAUACCUCCUCUAGUCGUAUUUGGGCCCUCGGGAGUAGGCAAGGGCACUCUCAUCAACCGUCUCAUCAAAGAAUUUCCAAACUCUUUUGGAUUCAGUGUCUCUCAUACUACCCGCGCUCCACGUCCUGGUGAGAUAGACGGCAAAGCAUACCACUUUACCACAACCGAUAACUUCAAGAAACUCAUCUCUGAGGCCGCCUUCAUCGAGCACGCCCAAUUUUCGGGCAACUUCUAUGGCACUACCAUACAAGCUGUACAAGAUGUCGCAGCAACAGGCAAGCGGUGCAUCCUCGAUAUUGAAGUUCAGGGUGUCCAACAGAUCAAGCAAACGCCCCUGCAUGCCACAAUUGUCUUCGUCUCCCCACCCUCCAUGACCGUGCUAAGUAAGCGGUUGCGUGGUCGCGCCACAGAUUCUGAAGAUGCCAUCCAGCGUCGUCUCGCAAUCGCACGUAGAGAGAUCGACUAUGCUCGUGAACCUGGCUCAGUCGACUACGUUAUCGUCAAUGAUGAUCUUGAUGCAGCAUAUCAAUUGUUAAAGAGAAUCGCAAACGUAGAGUUAGAUGUGAGUGGGGAUCGGAUGCCUCCCUUGGAUGAUUAGAUUCUUCUAUUUAUACCCUAACCUUAUCUGUGUGGGGAUGAUUACACUGGAUGUACUAUAUCAUAUAAAUUUUCUAUCUUCCGUUACCGCCUUCAAAUACUUAAUGUUGAGGCCUAAUCGCUGUAUCCCAAUUGCAAGGCAGUCGUUGUUUGCAAA